AUCAGACUUCUAAGAUCCGCGCCGUAUACUCUGUGUAUUGUAGGGAUUGUGAGCGUAUUCUAGGAUCUGAUUUUAAUUAGAUUGAACGAACCCCAUAGAUAUAAUGGUGUGUUGGACCAAGACCAUAAAUGGAAGAACAGUGUGCAAUACUGUAAACAAACGAACAAACGUGGUGUCCACCAAAAAUCUGACCAGGUAAAUUAGGCAAAAUAAACGAUUCAGUCGGGCGGGCGAUGACAUAUAUUGAGGACAUGUGACCUUGCUGCUUAUAGGUGAUAGGAUCUAGUACACUCUCAGCUGUUAAACUGGGCAUUUACAGGUGUACCUUCGCCAUGAUUGUCCAAGUUUUCACAGGAAUUGUUGUUAUAUACUUAUUUUCUCGUCUGAUUAAAUUUGGACGACAGUACAGCAAAUGGCUUCAUCUGACCUCCAAAAUUACCCCCCUGGGAAAGAUCCACCCAUUUUGGGGACACCUGAACUUGUUUGAGAACAUGCAAGGAUACAUAAGAGCUGUUCAAGAUGCAGAAGAAAGAAGCAGAAUUAAACUCUACCAUGGCUGGAUUAUGUUCUUCUAUCCUUUGUUCGGUAUUUGUCACCCAGAAACAGCGAAGACUAUCCUUAAAUCCUCAGAACCCAAACCCAGACACACCACCGGCGGAUCUUACAGGUUCCUGCUGCCGUGGCUAGGCGAUGGCUUGCUGUUGUCUGAAGGUCGGAAGUGGGAAAGAAAUCGUCGUCUGCUGACGCCUGCCUUCCAUUUUGACAUACUCAAACCGUAUGUCCAGAUCUACAAUGACGUCGCUUGCGUUUUCUUGGAAAAAUUCCAAAGCGCCUGCGACUCAAAACAAAGCAUAGAAAUUUACAGUUUGGUGUCACUGGCGACUCUAGACACCAUGUUACGGUGCUCUCUCUCAUAUUGUGGACGUGUGCAGGAAAUGGGAAAAAAUCACCCUUAUGUGGAUGCAGUCCAUAAGUUAGCCAAUCUUACUAUUAAACGCAUGUUAUCACCAUGGCUGUUUCCCGAUUUUAUUUAUGGUUUAACGCCUAGUGGAAGGGAGAAUAAAACAUUAACCAACUAUGUCCACCAAUUUGCAGAUGAAAUUAUUGAAUCCAGACGCGAAGCACUGAGAGCUAAUCCAGAUUUGAUAACAAAGCAUCGUAAAGAUUUCCUUGAUAUUCUUAUCACAGCCAGAGACGAAAGUGGCAGGGGUCUCACAGCAGAGGAAAUCCGGGCUGAGGUCGAUACGUUUCUUUUUGAAGGACACGAUACAACAGCAUCAGCCAUUAGCUGGGCAAUUUACUCCUUGGCUAAAUACCCAGAAAUACAAGAAAAGGUUUGUCAGGAACUCGUGGAAGUCUUGGGGGAACGUCAACAACUAGAAUGGGAAGAUUUAAAUGAACUGAAGUACAUGUCGAUGUUCCUACGGGAGGUCAUGAGGAUGCACUCCCCUGUACCAGCAAUAGCUAGACAUCUUACAAAGCCGGUAGUAAUUGAAGGAGUGGAAAUCCCAGCUGGUUUUGUAAUAGAUAUUCUCAUACACGCAGUUAAUCACCACCCAGACGUCUGGCCUGAUCAUAUGGAAUUCAAGCCCGAAAGAUUUGAAGAUGAGGCAAAGCUGUCACGUGAUCCUUUCAGUUAUUUUCCAUUUUCUGCAGGUCCAAGGAACUGCAUCGGACAAAAUUUCGCUAUGAAUGAACAGAAGGUUAUGAUUGGGUCGUUACUAAAGAGAUUCAAAGUGAGUUUAGUAGAAGGUCACGUGUAUGAGGAAUUCCCGGAUGUGGUGAUGCGAUCUAGAUAUGGCAUCAAGAUUAAUGUAGAAGAGAGGAAGUAGAUGACAGUUGACACCUGUUGAUUUAUCAAUGAUGAAAGCAUAAUUUCUAUACUUUAUAAUUAAACAAUAAAAUGCU